AUGCCUGUUUCGGACCAAAACAUGGGAACGGAUAACCGGACGCACGACGGGGAGACCUCAGACAGCGCCGAAGAGGAGAGCACCUUCUCGGCCUCUUUAGGCAGCCCUGGCCCGGACGUCCUCAAGAACUUUUAUCACACCAAGCGCGUGGGCACCUACCUGAUUGGAAGGAAGCUGGGAGAAGGGUCUUUCGCCAAAGUUAGAGAGGGUCUCCAUACUCUGACCGGAGAAAAGGUGGCGGUGAAGGUAAUCGACAAGCGGAAGGCCAAGAAGGAUUCAUACGUCACAAAGAACCUACGGAGGGAAGGCCUCAUCCAGGAAAUGAUUCGCCACCCAAAUAUCGCACAGCUUUUGGACAUCCUUGAGACAGAGAACAGCUACUACUUGGUGAUGGAGCUGUGUCCCGGCGGGAACCUCAUGAACCACAUUUAUGAGAAGAAACACCUUGAUGAGAGAGAGACUCAGAAAUACAUCCGGCAGCUGGUGCUUGCCGUCGAGCACCUGCACAGAGCCGGCGUCGUGCACAGAGACCUGAAGAUAGAAAAUCUCCUGUUGGAUGAGCAGGACAACAUAAAGCUAAUAGAUUUCGGCCUCAGUAACUGCGCUGGCAUAUUGGGAUACUCCGACCCCUUCAGCACCCAGUGCGGUAGUCCCGCCUAUGCUGCUCCUGAGCUGCUGUCCAGAAAGAAAUAUGGCCCAAAGGUGGAUGUUUGGUCCAUUGGCGUCAAUAUGUAUGCAAUGCUUACCGGGUCGCUCCCUUUCACCGUGGAGCCCUUUAGCCUUCGAGCUCUGCACCAGAAGAUGGUGGACAAGGAGAUGAACCCCCUACCUCCUACCCUUUCCACUGCUGCCAUCUGCCUGCUGAAGAAGCUUCUCGAGCCAGACCCUCACAGGCGUCCAAAUAUAACUCAAGUGAUGACUGAUUCCUGGCUGCAGCUGGCCAACAGGAACACAGGGGCACCCUACCGCAGCAGAAUCCACAUCGAAGAAAUAAAUCAAACAGUUUUGCUUCAUAUGACUGAGAAGAUGGGGUACAAGCACAGCGAAGUGCUGAGCGCUGUUCUCACCAACCGCGCCUGCCACACUCUGGCUGUCUACUUUCUUCUCAAUAAGAAAAUGAAGAGACUCUCUAAGGAGUAUAGGGAGAAGCAGAUGCAGGAGAAAAAGAAAGAAGAGAAGCGACAAGUUGAAUACUUUCAAACACAAUGGAGGAAACAUGUGGAUAAAUUAACCAUUCCCCCGAAACAGACGCCUGUUUACCUGGCUGUUAGCAAGGGCCAGAACAAGGAGAAGAAACACAAAACAGGUAUACUGAGAGCCUUAGCGGUAGGACAUCGUAAGUCCCCUCUGGCGCCUCCUGGCACUGUUGCUUCAUCAUCUAUGGAGUACCUCGAGAUUCAUCCCCUCUUCCCCAACACACCGCAGCAGCGGAGACGCUUGGCCACCCUCCCACCAGUGAACACGAGUCCAGAGCAUAACAUUCCUGCUCCGCCGGCUCCGUCACCCAUUGGCAUGCACUCUUUUGGUUCUCUUUCCAAAGCCGAACAGAUUGAGGAUACACCUUCCACACCGUGGUACAAGCUGACCAAUGGCACUUUGUCACCGCCGCGCCAUGUCUCUGCCUUCCAGCCCGACUCGUCAUACUUGAAAAAGGCAACCAUCCCCAGUCCCCCAGUCCUGAUUUCCAACCUACAGCCCAAAAAGAAUCUGUCAUCAGAUGGGUGCGGUUCCUCUGACACUAGUGGAAGCCCCUCUAGUAGCGUCGGAAGCCCGCCAGGAGGCUCAGCAUUUAUGCCUCUUAAGUCUGCCUUCAGUUUAAUUAACCCCAACUCGGCAUUCAGCCCUCCUUCAAACAGUGCGAGCAGCGACCCUGAGAGCCCAACCCAUCGCAGCAAGCUUCCCUCUGCGGGGAAAUGUGCGAAGAAGAAAGUCCCGCUGCAGCCUUUCACAUUCCGACCGGAACAGUUUAUUGAGGAAGUAGUGUCCCCACCUCCUUACCCAAUGAAAACUCUCAUGUGUGCUUCGGGUGCACUGAAGACCCUCUGCUGAGGGAUUAAAAAAAGAAUGAAAGGAACAUUUGUGUCCCUCUCAACAGUUUGUGGAAGUUGGAGAGGUAUUUCAGAGCGGCCUUUUGAACUGUGAACUGCCCCUUUAUUCCAUUUGAGCCAAUUUUCAUCACAUAUUUUAAUAUGAAAAUUAGACAUGGGCCGGUAUGAGAUUCUCAGAAUACAAUAACUUUAUUACAUUUUAAGGGCGUUAACGCACAGCGUUAAAAAAAAAAAAAAAGGGAAAUAUCUCCAUUUUGGAAAAGAAAAGGAAAAAAUACAGCAGUUGCAAAUGUAAGCCUGCAUGACAGAUUUAUUGUCAUAAAUGACAUUUGCUUUACGUAACUAAGAAUGUUGCAACAACACGCACACAAAAAAAGAAAAGAAAUAAAAAGGUGUCUCCUUUAACACUGCCUAACUUACUGACGGAUGUGGUUAAAAUAGGUGUGUGUUUUUAAACACACAAAUCAAACUGUCCAAGUUUGAGAUAAUAAAUCUCCCUAUAAAUCUGAAUUUAAUGAGGAGAAAAAACCUUUCUCACCAAAAUCAUUUUAUUAUCAUCCUUGGAUUACUCUGAUAAGUAAAGGCACAUCUCCUUAAACUGCUCCUCUUUUUUACGUUAUUGAGGCCUAUUUGUUCUCCAUAAAAUUUGAAGCAUUUUAUGGAGAACAUUGAAAUUAACUAAUUCAUGAUCAAUUAAAUCUAAAAAAAACCUAAAUGAAGCUCAGAUGAUAACAGUAUUACUUGUGCUUAGUUUAAACUACAGAUAAAAGAUAAAAACCUAAACACCUUGUUCAUUUAGUGAAGCUUUCAAAAAAAGGACUCCCAGAAUUAUCGAUAGAGUACAUUAUUAUUCUUUCCUACAUACAGUUAGACCGGUUAUACAAUCUGGCAGUAGCUUGUAACUCAUUCAAGCUGAGAGUUGCUGGUCGCCUGCGGUAGCUGCAUGAUUUUAUUUUAUUUUUUUUUAUAUUUAUGCACAAGCAAAUUCUUCCAAACUCCACUAUAUCUUUUGUAUGCAGGAAAGUGCGAAGGUGCUUUUUGUUUUUUUUGUUAUCAUCUGACCAGCACUGUUCAGCAACAGGCUGGGGAGGGGAGGAAUGGAAGGAAAAUCCAACCACUUUGGCACUUUCUAAAUAAGAGUAAAGUAAAUCUGUAUCCGGCCCAUGCCUAAUCUAGCAAUGGAACAAUGAUGGAAUAGGGGUUUGAAUUUAACGUUUUACCUCUUGGGUAUUUUGUUAUGUUAUAAGAAAUAUGGGGACACUGACACGAUGAGAUUUAAAAAGAAUCCUUCUGCAAUGUCUAAACCUUGCUGUGUUCCAGACCUAAACUUGGGACACCAUGUUACAUAUAAACAACACCUGUAAUAUAGACCAAUUUUAAGGUUUUUUGUUUUGCUUUCUUCUGGUUUGAGAACAAGCCGCAAACUGAUUUCACACCAGCUAACAGGAGCCAACUCUAAACCCUAACCCCGACCUUAUAUGUGUAAAUGUUUUUGUGUUUGUUGAAACUCUGUACUAUAGCCACUAACUUCCAGCCAGCUCGCACUGUAGCCUGAAUACUGGCUAGCUGGAAAAAAAAAAUGAACAGAAAAAACUAGCUCACUGCACUAUUACUGAAAACCAAAACCAGUAGGAAACAAAUGUGCUGACUAUCUUUACCUCACUGCAUUUAUCAUGCAUUUCUGCAUACGGUAGUGACAGUCAGGGCUGACACACCUGUCAGUGUGGUAUGUGUCUAAGUGCUGACUUUAGAUUUAACACAAUAAAACUACAUAGGGACCAAUGGUAGAAGCAUAAGCUCACUUUUAUAUCUACUCUCAUCACCCAUCAGUGAUAAAAUCACAAUUUUUACCGUUUUAUAUAAAAGUAUUAUCUCACCACCAGGGUAACUCAUAUGUAAGGAUCAUCUCACAGCUAAACACCAGUUUGUAGUCAGUAAUGUAAAAUAGAGCAUCAGAAGCCUUAUAAAACUUAACCACCUCACCGAAACACUGAGGGAUUGAAAGUGGGAACAAGUGCUACUAGAGUCACCUAACAUCUGCAGAAGAAGUAAAUCACCUCUUUUUGUCUUAAUGCUGUAGUUUGUGCAAUAGUUUAAAGUGUUGAACUGCAAUGAUGAAUAUUUGCCAAUAGCUCUCUGAGCGCAAUGUGAACGCUGUUCCUGUAAAUAGAAGUCUUAAAAUCCUCUGUCUCCUUCACGUGACUUGCUCUGUAUGGGAGGAAUUUUAAAAAUAAUACGUUUAUGGAAAUGGCAUUUUUACAAAAAAGUAAAAAAAAAAGAAAAGGCUUCCACUGGCACAAAGGGUCUUUUUUUGCCUCACUAUUAAAAACUGUAGAAUCUCUUCUCUUUUUCUCGGUCCAGAUGAAACGUUGCAUGAAAUGAACUGUAAUGUAAGCUUUGAAAAUACAUUUUUGUAACUGCUUUUUUUUCUUUUUCAAACUGAGAUUGAUACAGAUGCUCUGGGGUUUUUUGUAAGAUUUUUUUAAUGGACUGGUUUGAGUGUUAAGAGAUUUCUAUGCUGUAUAAAGUAUUUUAAAUAUC